AUGUUUAGGAAGAGAGUAGUGAAAAAAAGCUCUUCCAAUGAGAAGAGUCAGAAAAAAAGGCAAAGAAUUGAUUUUAGUGAGAAGAAGCUGGCGGUCAGCGAUGAUGAAAAGGGCCCCCAGGAUAACACAAUGUCAGCAAAGGAUAGGGAUGACAAGAGACUUCGGAAUUCAAAUGUGAAUGGGUGGGAACCAAAUAGAAGGGGUGAAAAUCUAGAUAAAUAUACUCUGACAGUCAACGAUGACAGCACUAAGGAGGAUCUAUUGAACUCCGAGAGAAGGGAACUUACUGAGAAAGCGAAGAAGGGAGGGCCCAGCAAUGGCAAUCUGCUAGUAUUGAAUAUGAGCGGUAAAAGCACGCUGCAGACUAAGCAGAUCAACCAACCAACGAACAUUCGAACCACAGUGCUCAUGGAUUUCCAACCCGAUGUCUGCAAAGAUUUCAAACAGACAGGAUAUUGUGGUUAUGGAGACAGCUGCAAGUUCUUACAUUCGAGGGAUGAUUUCAAGACUGGCUGGAAAUUGAAUCAGGAUUGGAAUGCGGAGGAAGAGGACUCUAAAACGGCCACUUUGGACUUAGACAAGAUACCUUUCAAGUGCACUCUGUGCAAGGAAGAUUACAAGUCACCCGUGGUUACAAGCUGUGGCCAUUAUUUCUGUGCAUCCUGUUUUGCGAAAGAGAUGAAGAAAGGCACCAGAUGCUCCAUAUGCCACAAGGAGACGCACGGUAGUGCAAAGGUGGCAUCCGAUUUGCAAAAAAUACUAAAAGAAAUGAAAACGUGA